CGACGCAGCGUGUCCGAUCUGUAACCAGAAGGUUUCUGCCGGAGUUUCAUCAUUCCUCGUCCAUCCUCAACUCAUCGCUCCUCAGUGCCCUUUGGCAGGGUUUUCUCUCCAAACAAUUGACCAACCAUUUUACCGAAGCCUUUAAAAUGUCGGUGUCUGGGACCUUGUUUACUUAUCCGGACAACUUCCGUGCCUACAAGGCGUUGAUUGCUGCUCAGUUCAGCGGAGCAAAAGUGAAGGUUGUUUCGGAGAUUCCUGACUUCGUAUUUGGAGAAACCAAUAAAACACCCGAAUUUCUCAAGAAAUUUCCAUCUGGCCAGGUCCCAGCAUUCGAAUCUGCCGACGAAAAGGUCCAUUUGUCGGAAGGCAAUGCCAUUGCGCACUUUCUUGCAACACCGGAACUUCGAGGAAGCUCUGCCGAGAAACAGGCUUUGAUGCUUCAGUGGGUUAACUUCUCGGACCAGUACAUUGUGCCGUCUGUCGUCGCCCUGGUUUUGAAAGCUUUGGGGAACCCGGUCGCAGAUAGCCAAGAUAAAUCAGCCCUCGAUGAACUGAACAACGCCCUAAAAGUGUUGAACACCCACCUGGGCGAACACAAGUAUGUCACGGGUGACCAGCUGUCCCUUGCCGACAUCACUGUUUUCGCUGAUCUGUAUUUCGCCUUUACGCACGUGCUUGAUGAAAAAACACGACAGCAAAAUCAGAAAGUGACGCAGUGGUUCCAAGGGCUUGCUGAGCAGCCUCAGUUUAAGGCGGUCGUUGGAGCGGUGGCUUUGUUCUCGGGCCAGAAGAAGGGCGGAGAGGGCGACAAGGGUGCUAAGAAAGACAAAAAGGAUAAACCUGCCAAGGAAGAGAAGCCUAAAGAAGAAAAGAAGCCCAAAAAGAAAGAAGAUGACGAGGAGAUGGAUUUGGCUGAUGAAGCAUCCGCUGAACCUCCACAAAAGGAUCCGUUUCUUGCGCUUCCGGGAGGAUCUUUCAAUAUGGACGAGUUUAAACGGACAUAUUCCAACGAAGAUACUAAGACUGUGGCUUUGCCUUACUUCUGGAGCAAGUUUGAUAAGGAGAAUUACUCAAUUUGGUACUGCGAAUACAAAUAUCCACAGGAAUUGAUGCAGGUUUUUAUGAGCUGCAAUCUGAUAACCGGUAUGUUCCAGCGGUUGGACAAGAUGCGAAAGCAUUCUUUCGGAAGCAUGGUUCUUUUUGGUGAGAACAAUAACAGCACCAUUUCCGGAGUAUGGUUUUGGCGUGGGCAGGGUUUGGCUUUUGAGUUGAGCCCUGAUUGGCAAGUUGAUUAUGAAUCGUACGAGUGGAAGAAGCUGGAUCCUGAUGCGCAGGAGACUAAGAAGAUGGUAGACGAAUACUUCGCAUGGGAAGGAGAUUUUGGAGGAAAGAAAUUCAACCAGGGAAAAAUCUUUAAAUGAAAAGCGCUGUGAAAUUCUGGCGCGGUGUUUUCAGUUGGAAGUUUUUGCUAUCUGAUUCAUCGUUCUUUUUUAUGUACUACUUUAACAUUUUUGUUACCGAGUCAUGCAGACCAGAAGGUGGUAAUCAUUCGUUUUACUGCCUGCUGAUCCAUAAACUCAGAAAAGCUCAUUG